AUGGAAAAGAAAUUCUUGUCCAUUACCAGUUCUAAGAAUUUUGACGAUGGAUUGGGAAAGUUCUCAAGCUUAAGAAAUCUGGAAAGUUUAAACCUUGGUUAUAACUUCUUUGCAAACCAUAGUAUACUACAAUCUUUAGGUGCUAUCACUUCGCUCAAGACUUUAAAUCUUACUUGGAAUGGGCUGGUUGGUUACUUUCCAGCCCAAGCAUUAGUUGGGUUGAGAAACUUGAACACGCUGGAUAUAAGCAACAAUGGAUUCAAUGGUACCCUGCCAAAUCAAGGUUUCAAGAGGCUGGCGGUGCUGAAAAACUUGGAGACAUUGAUCCUCGAUGAAAAUGACUUCGAUGACAGCAUCUUACCAUCUCUGAGUAGGCUUACAUCCCUUACGACACUGAGUCUUGCAAAUAAUAAAGAUUUGGGUUUGGGAAGACAAGGAAAUGAGGAAGGAAGCUUGCCGAAUUGGUUGGUUGCAAACAAUACGAGAUUAAGAGGCCUAGAUCUUCAGGAUAAUUUCUUUGUGGGUCAUUUACAUUUCCAACUACAGCAGCACACUUAUAUUUCUCGGAUGGAUGUCUCGAGCAAUCACAUGGAGGGAAAACUUCAAGAAAAGAUUGGGAAGAUGUGUCCAAAUUUAAACCAUCUAAAUCUUUCCCAUAAUUGUUUUGAAGGUAAUCUUCCUUUCUCAAUUGGUGACAUGACUAUUUUGGAAGCCAUAGAUUUGUCCUUCAAUGAAUUCUCGGUUGAAAUCCCAAGAGAAUUGGCUAGCAAUGCGUCAGAGGUGACGGAUUUGAACCUUGGUUAUAAUAACUUUCAUGGCGAAAUCUUAUUAGAGCAAUUGAAGUCAACAUCGACCUUGCAAAUGAGUGGAAAUCAAUUCACCAGUAUUCUACCGGUGCAUAAUUCAAGGAAUUGUUACUUAAAUUAUUUAGAUAUCAGCCACAACGACAUCUCAGGUAAAGUUCCAGAUAUGAAAGCACAAUUUGGAACAUUUGAGAAAAGCAGCUAUGAAGGAAACCUAUUUCUCUAUGGACCACCACUAGAUAAAAGUUGCACCAAAGUAAACAAGUCAGAUCCAAGACCAACCCAAUUUCUCGUUGGGUUGAGAAACUUGAACACGGUGGACAUAAGCAACAAUGGCUUCAUUGGUACCCUGCCAAAUCAAGGCAAAUGUUGGUUUAAUUGGAGAAGGAAGAUCGUGACUAUACGCAGUGUUUCUAUUGAGAUUUCACAAGAUGUCAUCGCCGAGCACCUCGGAAUUCAUCAAGGAGUUGAGACAUCUGCAUACGCUACAUCCCGUGACAAUGUAGCCACUUCUGCAUCAUCUACUGGCCACCCAUUUUAG